AUGUUCGACCAUACCCAGUACCCUUAUAACUGCUUUAACUAUGACGGAGACGAUUAUCCAACCUGCAGCUCCGACGAGGAAAAGAAAUAUACCAGACCAGCCUAUAGCUACAUCGCCCUGAUCGCUAUGGCUAUCCAGCAGAGUCCUGACAGCAGAGUGACGCUGUCGGGCAUCUAUGAUUUCAUCAUGAAGAAGUUCCCCUACUAUAGGUCCAACCAAAGAGCGUGGCAGAACUCAAUUAGACACAACUUAUCCCUCAACAGUUGUUUUGUCAAGGUUCCGAGAACAGAAGGGAAUGAGAAAGGGAAGGGCAAUUACUGGUCUUUUGCAUCUGGUUGUGAAUCGAUGCUCGACCUCUUUGAAAAUGGGAACUACAAGAGAAGACGAAGAAGGAGAAACACGAAAAAAUGUCCGAAAGAUAGAAAACAAAGUAUAACAAAAACUCUUCGUUCUGGGGAAUGCACGAAUCCAUCUGCACAUUCUAUGCCUGGUGUGGAAAGUCAAACUGAAUCAAGAACCGUUCAGCGGGAGUCGAACCGUUUAUUAUCUAGUGAUGUCACAAUCAGACAAAACCAAACUAGCUCCUAUGUUGGAAAAUCGGAUGAAAUCAAGUUUAGCAUUGAUUAUAUUCUGUCAGCCCCAGAUCCUAUGCCGGUUCUAAGAUCCCACCAUAAUGUUCUAGAUAAUAAGUAUCACAUCCUGGAAUGUCAACAACAGAACCUUCAUUUUUGGAGCCUAUGACAGUCUUGCGUCAAGCGUACUCAACAGCCAACUCGAACAUGUCAAAAAUGUGCAAUGGACACUGUUUAUCACUCCAUUUUUCAAAAAUGUUAUCUCUGGUGCCAAAAUCCAUACAAGCAGCUCCAGUUUCUUCUUUAAAAAAAGGGAACUGUCACCUAAAAGAACUUCACAUAAAAUAUUAGCGCUAAGAGGACCGCCUACGUGCAUUGUGGCAACGUCUAUUUUUAUUAAUCAAUUUCAACCUGUACAGUUUAU